AUGGCAGAGAAGGCUGAAAAGAGUGUGAAGAUUGCUCCUGGAGCAGUUGUGUAUAUAGAAAGUGAAAUUUGGGGCGAUAUUACUAUAGGAUCUAGGACAGUGAUUCACUCUAAAGCAUGGAUUAUUGCAGAAGCUUGGCCAAGAGUGAUCGGUGAAGAUCCAAAGCCGAAACCUAUGAUCGAUGGCAACAAUAAUGUGUUUGACGUUGGCUGUUAUUUCCAAACCAUGAAAAUGGGACACAAUGCAAUUGAAUCAAAAGCAUAUGUGGGCAGAAACAUAAUAUUGACAAGUAGUUGCAUCAUUGGGGCUUGCUGCAACCUGAAUACAUUUGAGGUCAUCCCUGAGAAUACAAUGAUCUACGGUACAGACUGCCUUUGUCAGGUGCAGACUAACCGACCACAGCCCCAGACACUACAGCUGGAUUUUCUGAUGAAAAUCCUGCCCAAAUACCACAACCUAAAGAAGACUAUGAAAGGAAGCUCAACUCCAGUUAAGAACUAA